UGUGAGUGAGUGCGUUCCUCGGCCUCUUCGCCUCUCUCUCUCUCUCCCUCGCUCAUUCACUUUGCUUUAGCUCUGUGCCUGUGAGACUGUUUUCUUUUUUUUUUUUAAGACAAUCAAAUUAGCAAAUACAAAAACAAAUACCAUAAUAGAAAAAAGCAUUAGAGAAGAAGCAGCGUGACAGACAGCACAUAAAAAUAUACAUGUGUGUCUGUGUGUGUGUGCUGCAGGCGGCCGCAGCAACUGCACGACGAAAAAUCGAAGUCGAAGGUUCUCCAUCUCUACCUCUUGCUCCUCCUCCUGCUGCUGUUGCUCCGCGUCCCCCUUCCCGCAGUUUCGACUAAACUAUACUAAAAUACAAAAAAAAGAAAACAAACAAAGAAACAACCGAAAAAAACAACAUUAACAAUGUCAACAACAAUUGAAUUCGAGACAAUUGGAAAUCGUCUGCAAUCCCUGGAGGCUGCUCUCCAGGCUCAAAACGAAUCCCAUGAACAAAUCGUUUUAACCAAUGCCCGAGGAGCGCGUAUACCCCCCCUGCCACCCAUGCCCUUGCCAAUGUCACAAACUGGAGCUGCUGGGUUGGCUACCGGUCCAUCAUUAUCAUCAUCAGCAUCAACAUCAACAGGAGCACUGAUAUCGGCAAAACCAACAACAGCUGCUGGCUCAAUUGUACCUCCCUCCGUCAAGAAUGUCAACACCUGCAUAGCAUCUAGGCCAGCGCCAGCAAUUCCUGUUCCUAACACCAAUGCCUCCGCCGCUUCCAGUUUUACAGGCCUCAUCCCUGGUAACUUUGUCCCGCCUUCAAGGAGUUUGCGCCCAACGCCAAAUUUGCCCAUAUCCGAGAUGGGUUCCUAUCAAAAGCGUCGCAUGAUGCUGCCACUGCCCACACAGGCGCAUCCGUCCGAAACGGAAACGGACAAAAAACUGAAAGUGAUAAUGAACCAAACGGGCAAACUGAAUAUCGAUGGACGUCAGUAUCCCACGGAUAUUAAUGAUCUGCAACAUUUGGGUGAUUUGGGCAAUGGAACGAGCGGCAAUGUGGUAAAAAUGAGGCAUUUGUCUAGUAAAACAAUUAUUGCGGUCAAACAAAUGCGUCGCACCGGGAAUGCGGAGGAGAACAAACGCAUUCUAAUGGAUUUGGAUGUGGUACUAAAGUCGCACGAUUGUAAAUAUAUUGUAAAAUGUCUGGGUUGCUUUGUACGCGAUCCAGAUGUAUGGAUAUGUAUGGAAUUGAUGUCCAUGUGUUUUGACAAAUUGCUCAAGUUGUCCAAGAAGCCAGUGCCCGAGUGUAUACUGGGCAAGGUGACAGUGGCGACGGUGAAUGCCCUCUCAUAUCUAAAGGAUAAGCAUGGUGUUAUCCAUCGCGAUGUGAAACCAUCUAACAUACUGAUCGAUGAACGUGGUAAUAUAAAGCUUUGCGAUUUUGGUAUUAGCGGUCGUCUAGUGGAUUCCAAAGCCAAUACACGAUCGGCCGGCUGUGCAGCCUAUAUGGCGCCUGAACGUAUUGAUCCAAAGAAGCCCAAAUAUGAUAUACGCGCCGAUGUAUGGUCAUUAGGCAUAACCCUGGUUGAGUUGGCCACAGCGCGCUCACCAUAUGAAGGCUGUAAUACUGAUUUUGAGGUGCUGACCAAAGUGCUAGAUUCAGAGCCACCAUGUUUGCCGCGUGGUGAGGGCUUCAAUUUCAGUGAGGAGUUUCAUGUUUUUGUCAAUAAGUGCCUCACAAAGAAUCAUCAGGAUCGUCCCAAAUAUCCGGAACUGCUGGCCCAGAAAUUUAUAACGUUCUAUGAAACGGAAGAUGUUGAUGUCCCUUAUUGGUUUCAAAAUGUUGUAGACACUGCCGGACGGCGUCUGCGUUCAAAUGGCGGUGAUCAUUCAACAAUGAUGAGAACAACUGGAACUGGAAAUGGAACUGGUCUAGAAUCAGCAACAGGAGCCACACACAAAUAUGGGAGAGGAGGAGCAAUCACAAGUCCCACAACAAAUCCAAAUCCACAAAAGACAAUAAAACCCACGCAAAUACCAAGCUAUCAGCAGCAACAGCAACAGCACCAGCCAUCGCAGUAUUUUAUACAAUCAUCCAUACAACAACUACCUCAACAACAACAACAACAACAACAGCAACAUCAGCAACAUCAGCAACAGCAAUCAACAGCAUCAGAAGGAACUAAUUUUCGUAGCAGCAGUAGUAGUAGCGGAAAUAGCCCCUUAUCACCAUCAGGUGGAUCUGGAUCUAGUGAUAUACCAAAACUUUAUCGCAAAUCUCCAUUUAUGCAGCGUAAACUGAGCAAUAAUACGGUUGGAACACAUUAUAGUAGUAAAUAUAACGACGGUAGCCCCAAAAAGGAGUCCAUGUUUAGCAGCAUAGGCCAAUCGAUUUUACGUAAUUUGACCACAUCGCCCUUUAGCCAAAAGAAACAUAAUAAUCCACUGCCAGCAAGUCGACAAAUGGAGACAAAUUUAACCACAACUACAAGCCCGACAAUGACGAUGCCAACAUGGCGUCUGCCAGCCGAUAACGAUAGCUGUGAUAGUAGUAGUAAAAACGGUUUAGCUUCUUCACCCACGGCAGAGCGCAUAGAGAUGCUGCCGCAAUCGCCACCAACAGCAACGAUCAGUCCCGGCAGUCAACAGUCACAGCAACCACAGCAGCAGCGUCUCCAGCCGGGCAAUCAGAGUCCCAUAGUUCUGCAACGUUUCUACCAUCAACAGAAUCAACUGCGCGAAAAGGAGGCUGCUGAAAGGUAUCAACGUCAGCCAGCAGCAGGAGCAGGAUCAGUAGCACCACCAACACAAUCACAACCACCACCACCACCAUUAGUGAUCGGCAGUACAAAUCCAUUUCAUAGCAAUUAUGUGGCUCCCGCAUCUUCUAUACACUCCAAUUCUAGUCAAUCAUCGACACAAUCGACUUGCUCUCAAAUAGCAAUAACAACUUCACCGCAACCUGCUAAUCAACCACCAGCUGCAGCAGCUGGACAUUUUGGUGUUGGUCAUAUGACCGAACAGUUGCAAUAUCAACCUUUACCCACAACAACAACAGCAGCAGCAACCACAACAACAAACGCUGCAUCAACAACAUCGGAGCUAUGUAAUUCACCAGCAGCAGCUGAUCUACAUCAAAUUGAUUUGUUAAUUGGUUCCGGUUCUGGUUCUGGUUCUGGAUCUCUAAUGGGCAGCAAAUUGAGCAAAUUGUAUGCACGACGGCAGUUGCUGGGUCAGAGCUGCUCUACCAGCAGUGGAGCGACAAGCAAUAGCAGCAGCAGUAGCCUUGAUGGCAAGGAUCAUCAUAUGCUAUAUAGCCAUAACCAUGGCCAUACCAAUCAUGAUGCGGGGUGGUUCAACACAUUGGCAGGUGCCAUGAAGCGACAGUUUGCCACCUAUGUUAAAACCCAAUUGAAUUCCACAGUCACAUCGCCGGUGGCAGAGCAGCAGCAGCAGCAGCAACAACCGCCGCCUCAAACCUAUAGGAACAUUAUUAAUGGGAAUAAUGGCAGUGGCAGUGGCAGUGGCAGUGGCAGUGGCAGUGGCAGUAAAUCCUAUUACUAUCGUACUCUAUCCGCAGCCAGCAGUAGUAGUAAUACCAGCCAAAGUACAUCACCCACAACAGAACCAAUAGCCGGCAGUAGCGGUGGAUUCCUUCGUCGGUAUAUAAACAAUACAUCGGGUACGGGUAGCAUUAGCACACCACCCAGUCCUCAUAUAUUAGCCGGUCUGGAUCGGAGACAUCGAAGUCCAGAUCCCCCUCCACGCUAUAAUCGUGGACAAUCACCGCUUUUGUUGCGUAAAAAUCUACUCGAACUAAGUGGUCAGACACAGGGUUCGCCGCUUAUGCAAAGACGUUAUGUGUCUGCUUCGCCACCAUUGCUACCGCCUCCGCGUCGUGGUUCGGAGAGUGUGCCAGGAUCACCGCAACAUUUUCGUACUCGCAUCCAUUAUACACCUGAGCCACAGCGACGCAUAUAUCGCACCAUAGAUCAAUGAGUAGCACUGCAAAUUAUGGUCAUGUGAUGUUGGUAUGGCUUCGAUGAUGACGGAGGUGGCGAAGGCGAUGGCGCUCCUCCGAUGGCUAGCAACAAUCUCUCAGAUGCUGGAUAGCAGCAAUUCCAGACUUGCUUUACAUAAGGAGAUUUGUAUCAACAUUAAGGAGCAAGCAUCGAAGCAAAACGCAUCGGGAAACACAAGGCUAUUGGAUAUUGAUUGACUAAUGACCACUGAUUUCAGAACAAAAACGUUUAACAACGUACAGCAACAAAUGAAAGUGUUCAAAUAACUCGAUUAGUUUUCUAGAUCGUAGAGUAUUGAUUGUAAACAAUUUAUUGAAAGAGCUGGCUCCCUUAUUCUGCCGAGUUUAAUCAAUUUCGUUUUGAUACGAAAACUGACGUAAGCUUUUUGUUUUGUUUUUUUUUGUGUUUUUAUUAGCUACUUAAGCUUGCUACCUCUUGGUCCCUUAUUGAAGAAUUGGGUAGAAUAUAGAAACAUCGGCAUGACCAAAGUUUGCCAAGCUUCUUGA